AAUACUCAAUGAGGUCCUAGCUGUAGCUGUGCAAAUAAAGAGAGAUAACGGGCCGCGAACUACGAGCUAAAACUGUUUUUUUUUUUAUUUUUUUUUUGUUAUGACAUGUUAGAGGGAUAGUUUAACAAGUUACUAACAGGGAUUCCAGGAAUAUCGCUAUACGAGCAGGAAGAAGGGCGAUAUUUCCCGCUGUGGGGUGUGGAAAAGCCCGGACGCGCCGUUAUAAACUUAGCAAGUCAUCGAAGUUGUCUAAAACAAGUGACUGUGGCACAGAGAGAAAUAUAGCCGCAGUUAAAGAUGAGCUUGUUGUCUGCCAUUGACAGCAGCACCUCGGUGUACCAGCCCGCACAGCUUUUAAACUGGGUUUAUCUCUCUUUACAAGACACGCAUCAGACCAGCGCUUUCGAUGCUUUCCGACCCGAAGCGAGUUCUGGCCAUCCGGAUCUGAGCUACAGUAAAACCCCUGCAGCCGAACUCGGCUCCUCUCUCAGCUCCAACUAUCUCAACAGCUUUUUUCAGCUACAGCGCAACGAGGCCCUGAAUAAUGGCUUAUAUAAAAGUGUUUCUCCGUAUGGCUCUCUGAACAACAUCGUGGAUGGGCUGAGCUCUCUAACAGACCACUUCUCCGACCUCUCCCUGACGUCUGAGCCACGCAAGCCUAGCAAGAGACCUCCACCUAACUACCUUUGCCAUCUCUGCUUUAAUAAGGGCCAUUACAUCAAGGAUUGCCCUCAGGCUCGGCCCAAAGGUGAGGGACUGACACCUUAUCAAGGAAAGAAGAGGUGCUUUGGAGAGUACAAGUGUCCCAAAUGUAAAAGGAAGUGGAUGAGUGGAAACUCCUGGGCCAAUAUGGGACAGGAGUGUAUCAAGUGUCAUAUCAACGUGUACCCUCACAAACAGCGUCCUCUGGAGAAGCCCGAUGGCCUGGAUGUUUCUGAUCAGAGCAAGGAGCACCCGCAGCAUCUGUGUGAGAAGUGCAAAGUCCUUGGCUACUACUGCCGCCGAGUGCAAUAAGGACCUGCAGGUCUGUGCCCACUCCUGCCUCCCUCUCCCACUGCCCAUCUUUCCCUCUGCCCUACUCAUGAAGAGCUCCAAGAAAAAGUGAAAUGUGCCAAAAUGGUUUUUGUAAAUAUUGCUAAUGCAAUUAUGGCCUAGUGUAUCAAAAGCAUAAAACACAUUUAUCUGAAAUAUGUGUAUAAUGGAUGAUUGAUCAUGUGUAUUAGAAGGGUGUCACUGCCAGUAUUGAUAUCCAAACCGGGCACAAUAGGUGACCUCAGCCUUGUGUUCUCUGACUGCGUGUUUACAGACUGCCGUCAUUUUCCCUGUCAAGUGAACUAUGUGGAUGUGCUGAGUGGUAAAGGUAUUAUAUUAGUUCAGUCACACAGGGCUGAGUAUGCCUUGCAAUGUUCUUUGGGUCAACAGCACACCAAUUUAACUGUGAAUUAACAGGGGAUAUUGUACUAGUCAUCCCUGGCUUUUAUGUUCCAUAUUUAUUUGUAAUGUUAUUAUAUCGCUGUGCAAUUGAUUCAACUUAACUGGGAUUUGUACGUAUGCACAUAUUGUUUAACCCCACCUCUUGCCAUUAGAAACUACUGUAGGAUAGAUAGAAUUAUAGGAUAAAAUUAUCUUAGCAAAUUCCUACUUUGUCGUACAUGUUUUCUAUAUAAACACACAGCAUGCAAGAUAACGUUACCAAACACUACAGCAUUCAACAGCAGGAUGUACCAGAGUUAACAUUAUAUAUA